AUGGAUUCUUAUCCAUCUUCCCACACCUCAAAAUUUGUUGAACUACUUAAUAGCCAACAAAGCAUUUCGUUUGGUAACUAUGAAGAGAGUGUUUCACUAUCUUCAUCACAAGCUUUUGGAACCGAAGAUGGUGGAGAGAGUGGUACACAGCGUAGAGAAAGGCGGAAGUGGACUCCUGCAGAUGAUAUUGUGCUCAUUAGCUCCUGGCUUAACACAAGCAAAUAUCCAGUGGUUAGCAAUGAGCAAAGAUCAGGCACUUUCUGGUCAAGAAUAGCAGCGUAUUUUGCGGCAAGUCGUCAAGAUGGUGGCUGCGAGAGAGAGGCCCUGCAUUGCAAGCAACGUUGGCACAAGAUCAAUGAACUUGUGUGCAAUUUCUGUGGAGCCUACGAAGCUGCAAGCAGGGAGAAGACCAGCGGUCAAAAUGGGAAUGAUGUGCUCAAACUAGCACAUCAAAUAUUCUACACCAACCAUAAGAAUAAAUUACUCAUGGAACAUGCUUGGAAAGAGCUGAGGAACGACCAGAAGUGGUGUGAGGCAUCGGCUGCCAAAAACGAAGGAACGUCAAAGGCCCAUGGUAAGAAGACAGUGGCUGAGGAGAAAGCGAUGAAGGAGUUUGAGACUAUGUGGUCUAUAAGACAACAUGAUCUCGCCCUGAAAGAACGCUUGUCUAAGAUGAGACUACUGUACAGUCUGAUUGCCAAGAAAAAACCUCUCCUUGAGUAUGAAGAAGCCCUCAAGAAGAAGCUGAUUAAUGAGUUGUUGUUGUCUUAG